AUGAUACCUCCCUGUUUCAUGUCAACCACGUUACUCCUUAUCCAUGAAUACGGACUUACGCCGCACAUGUUAGGCGAGCCGUUUUCCUUCAGAGCUCUAAGUUUCGACUUCCAUGUCAUUCCUCCGUUCAUGUGUAGGUGGUCAUGCGCGACCCUGUGUGAUUCAAUUACAACUGAGCAAGCAGAAAUUGCUACGCCAGCCACCUUCCUCUCCAUCCUUCUUCCCAAGACUCGCGCAUCGACUCCAUAUUUCAGCUUCCACGUGGAAGACACUGACACCUGCGGCGAGGUCCUAUUCUUAACCCACUGCUCCCACUUCUCUUAUCUCAUGACGAAAGCUGGACAGCAGUUUCAAUGGCCUCAGGGUAUCGAUCGGACCGUUAGAAGGCCGGAUUGGCUCGAAGAUGAGUUUACCGUCAUGCUCGCGUCGAACACUGCCCUACCACGACUACGGGAAUCUUCUCUUUAUCUGGGUGGGAAUAGACCUGGCCUUCAAGUCCAACGGCCUUUUUUCUACCCAAAAUCGCAGGUACAGAGCCCGGGAGAAGAUGACCGCGAUGCAGGACUCGUGUCAAAGGUUCCAUUACAACAACAACACAAAGUCUUUUACUCUCCAGCUCCUCUGAAACCCGGGCGCCAAAUCGACAAGCCUUACUACCCACAGAUUUAUGUUCCAGACUGGGACGCACGGGAACUUGAAGCUGUACUCGCAUCAAAAGCUCAUUACACGCUCAAGCGCUCAAAAUAUCCCCGGUACAUCCCUCUCACACACAAUCUCAGCUCACUUUCCCCCUCGCUAACAGCCACCCCAUCCAGCGCCCUCGAACAUCCCACCCGCAUCUUCAUCACCGUAAACAACACCCACACCUGGUCCCUCCACAAAAUCCUCCUCCAAAGCUUCACCUCCACCCUCGCAGGCCUAAUAUCGUCCUCCCAGUCCUCUACCCACCUCCACAUCACGACCCCACCCUCCGCAGCCUCCCUCCCCGCCUGGCAAAUCUUCACAUCCUGGCUGUACACCCUCGACAAAAUCCCCCUUCCCGACUUUACGCCGACCCGCCACCCCACCUGGACGACGUCCUCAAUCGUAGAAGCCAGCCUUCUAUCCUCCCAUCUCAAGGCCGUGAAAUUCGAAUCUUAUCUCCUCCGCCUACUCAUGAAAGAGCUCUGGUACCACCCACACCGCUUCCCUUCUAAAUACAUCACCGAACUAUCUACGGGUAUGGGAGAUCGUACGGGUAUGCAUAGCUUCCUUAAUGCGUAUAUCAAAUGGAAGCGGGAAGCCGAGAUUGAGACCCUCGAUCCUUUUCGCUGGCGCGUGGAGCACUGGUAUUCUCUGUGCGGACGCACGGUAAAUUGGGGGUGUAAUCAUGGAAUGGCAACGAGUGGGUGGGGGGGCGUGUGGGAGAGGCAGGAGGGGCUGAGAAAGAAGGGACGGGAUGGACUGGGCUGGGGGGAUUUGGAGUGUCGGGGGCAUCAUGGGAGAUUACCUCUGAGUUAUGACAGGAGUGCCAUGGAAGGGUGUACUUUCGGGCGACGGAGGAAGGUUGUGCAUCGAGUGCAUCGAGGCCCGUGUGUACGGUUCUGUGAGAGGGGUUGGGAGGAUGAAGAUGAGUUCAUUGAAGAUUGGUGUAGUGGAGAGUUUCCUUCAAACGAUUUUGCUGGGGAUGUCGAGGUAGAGGGGGAGUUUCAUGCUGGGCAGGGCGAUGUGAUGGAUGUCAUCUAA